CUCUCUCUCUCUCUCCAAUCUCCAUCCCCUCUCCCGCUCUUCACUAACCCUAACCCUAACCCUAACCCCUUCGUGCAGGGAGAGACACCACCCUUUCCCCUGCGCCAAGUACCUCUCUCUCUCUCUCUCUCUCUCUCUCUCUCUCUCUCUCUCUCUCUCAGUAUUAGAGCCAUAGCAAGAACCUGGAUUAGUCCCUGCCUCCUUUUUGAGCUUGGAUUGUAUUAGGUAUCUAAUUAUGGCAACAAUUGGCAUAAGAAAACUGAGGCUUGCCUCUAUCAGAAAGGAGGCAGCUCAAUUGGCGAUAACCAGAGGUUAUUCAGCAGCUGGCGGUGGUAAGGCAAAGAAGGGUGGUAAAGGUGGUGCAGCCGAUGCCCCCAAAGCUUCAGCUCUCAGCAAAGAGCUUAAGAGCACUACGGUGUUCGGAGCAAAUAUCCUCAAGGAUGGUGCGGAUCCCAAGAUAUCGCCUGAUUCCGACUAUCCUGAUUGGCUGUGGCAUUUACUGGAUAAGCGCCCUCUCUUAAGUGAACUACGGAGAAAAGAUACAGAGACUCUCCCUUUUGAAGACCUUAAGCGCUUCGUGAAGCUGGAUAACCGUGCACGGAUAAAGGAAAAUAAUGCCGUCAGGGCCAAGAACUGAUUCUGAAGCAGGAGUAACUGCAUUUUGGGCCUCUUUUCCUUUUUUCUCCUUCCCUCUCUUUGAAUCCUCUCUUUGAAUCAUGCUAUGGAAUUUGUCGAUUAAAGAUGUCAGAGGUCUCUGAAAUUUUAUUUGCAUGCUGUAUGCUAAAAGAGAAUAAUGUGAUCUGGGAGCUUUUCUUGUAGCUGUUUAAACUAUUUCUGCCAUCAGUAAUAUAGAUUUGAGUUAGGGGCCUAUAUAAUUAAUGUCAAUAUACUUUGAUUGCCAUGUUUUCUUGUGUUUUUGGGAGAUCAUCCCAAGUAUUCCUUCA